CAGCUAAUAUGGUCUAAUCCAGUGAAGAAUGACAUUGACUUGCAGAAUAACGAUUUUAAGUUUGAACGCUCAUGACAUCUUAUUAGUAUGUGUGUAUGAGAAAUCUCAUUAAUUUAAACUAUCGCUUGUUUUUUUUUUGUUUUUUUCAAACCUAUUGGAAGAACAAUGAAAUCUUCUUUUCUUUCUUUCUUGUGUGUUACUAAUUAUAUGAAUAAAUUUAAUUGACAAAAAAAUGUUUUUAGAACAUUGGAAUAGUAUUUAGCAUUUAGUGGAAUAAAAGAAGAAGAAAAUAAAUGUACAUAUAAAAUAUUUUCCUCAAUCAAUUUAUUUUUUAAUUUUUCAAAUAUUAAUAAACACAUAGAAUGUCAAGAAUCAUAAUUGUUUAGCAAGUAACAUUCAAAAAAAGAAACAAGUAAACAUUAUAUCAAUCUCAUUCCCCACCCCAAUAUUAAUUUUUUAAAGGAAAAAAAACCCCAAAAAAGAAAAGAAAAAAAAAAUCCUCAUUUUCGCAGAAAGGGUACAUUAGUAAUUGAACGAAGUCAUUGCUUCGUUAUCCCUUUCCUCCGCUGCGCGCCUUCUUACCAAAUUGUUCUCCCGCUUCCAUAUUUACCCCACGGUGCCACUCUCUCUCUUUCUCACUGUCGCAGAACACCCUCAAACCCUAACCCUAGCAACCCCAAUUCUCUUCAUCUCUCUGGCAAAGUCGGCUUUCGUUGAGCUUCUUCCUUCACUAUACUGGUGAAGUACCAAGUCAAUGCAAUGGAUAUGUCUGAUGCGGUGAUUGUCAAAUCAACUAGAUUAAAAUCUGUUGUGUGGAAUGACUUCGAUAGGAUUAAAAAGGGUGACAAAUGUAUUGCUGUGUGUAGACAUUGUAAAAAGAAACUCAGUGGAUCAAGUACCAGUGGGACAUCACAUUUGAGGAAUCAUUUAAUUAGGUGUCAGCGAAGAUCUAAUCUUGGCAUACCUCAACUCUUUGCAGCAAGAGAAAAGAAAAAGGAAGGAACUUAUUUAAAUUUGGAUCAAGAGCAGAAGAAGGAUGAAGCUUUUAACCUUGUGAAUAUCAGAUUUGAGCAAGAGCAGACCAAAGAUGACAUCAUUAACUAUGGAAGUGGUAACUUUGAUCAAAGGCGGAGUAGAUUUGAUCUUGCCCGAAUGAUUAUUUUACAUGGUUAUCCAUUGGAUAUGGUUGAGCAUGUUGGAUUCAGAGUGUUUGUCAAAAAUCUACAGCCAUUAUUUGAGCUUGUGACAUCUGAAAGAGUUGAGGCUGACUGUAUGGAGAUCUAUGGGAAAGAGAAGCAAAAGGUGAAAGACAUGUUGGGUAAAUUGCCUGGUAAGAUCAGCCUUACGGUGGAUAUGUGGGCGUCUUUGGAUGGUACUGAGUACUUGUGUUUGACAGCACACUAUAUUGAUGAGUCUUGGCAGUUAAAUAAGAAGAUUUUAAAUUUUAUUGUCAUUGAUUCUUCUCAUACAGAAGACAAGCAUUCAGAAAUUAUCAUGGAAUCUUUAAUGGAUUGGGAUAUUGACCGUAAUUUGUUUUCCAUGACAUUUGAUAGUUAUUCCACCAAUGACAAUGUAGUAUUUAGAAUCAGAGACAGGCUGUCCCAAAACAAGCUGCUUUCUUGUGAUGGUCAGUUAUUUGAUGUACGCUGUGCAGCAAAUGUUAUUAAUAUGAUGUCUCAGGAUGCUCUGGAAGCACUAUGUGAGAUGACUGAUAAGAUUCGAGGAAGUAUUCGGUAUGUCAAAAGUUCACAAGUAAUACAAGAAAAAUUCAACUCGAUAGUUCACCAAGUUGGAGGUGAGAGUAGGAGGUGCUUAUGCCUAGAUAAUCCAUUGCAAUGGAACUCAACAUAUGUUAUGGUUGAAAUUGCUUUGGAGUACAGGGACGCAUUUGCUCUUUUGCAAGAAAAUGACCCUGUCUACGCCAUGUGCCCGUCUGAUGUCGAAUGGGAUAGAGUGAACAUCAUUACUAGCUACUUAAAGCUCUUUGUUGGGGUUACCAAUGUUUUCACAAGAUUCAAGUCUCCAACUGCAAAUUUGUAUUUUCCUGAGCUUUGUGAAGUAUACUCGCAGCUGAAUGAGUGGUGCAAGAAUGCAGAUGAUUACAUUAGUUCUCUGGCUUUGAAGAUGAGAAGCAAAUUUGAAGAAUAUUGGAUGAGAUGUAGCUUGAGUUUAGCAGUUGCAGUCAUGUUAGAUCCUCGAUUCAAGAUGAAACCGGUAGAUUAUUAUUAUGCCCAAUUCUUUGGCAGUGGUGCUCCAGGCCGAAUUUCUGAUGUUUUUGAGUGUGUCAAAACACUAUAUAAUGAACAUUCAACCUGCUUAGCUUAUGUUGAUCAAGGUCUGGCUUGGCAAGUAGGUGGUAGUUCUCGCUUGCCUGGUUCUGGAAGGGACUUGAGGGAUAGGCUGACUGGUUUUGAUAAAUUUCUGCAUGAAACUACUGAGAUUGAUGGGACAAAGUCGGAUUUGGACAAGUAUUUGGAGGAGCCUCUCUUUCCUCGUAAUGCAGAGUUUGACAUAUUAAAUUGGUGGAAAGUUCAUGCACCUAGGUACCCUAUCCUAUCUAUGAUGGCACGCAAUGUGUUGGGAAUUCCUGUGUCAAAAGUUCCAAUAGACUCUACGUUCAACACAGGAGGAAGAGUGCUCGACCGUGAUUGGAGUUCAAUGAACCCAGCUACCAUCCAAGCAUUGAUGUGUGCACAAGACUGGAUACGAAGUGAACUAGAAAGUUAAUUUAGGUCAAUUUUGGUUCUUCUAAUGACAUUAUCAGGAUUUACAUCGUUCCUGUAAUUCUGGUGCAAAUUGGGAAGCUAAAUUGUAUUGGUCUUCGUUUCAGUUUCUCUUAUAUAUAUUUCGUAGGUCUUUCCAUCUCAAUAAACUCUUCUCCAUAGAUUGUUCCAGAUAUUGUACAUACAUAGUUAUUUUUUCUUAAUUUUACAGGGCUGCUGCAUUAGCAUCUUUAGCAUUUCUAGUAAAAUUAUAUUUAACAAUUUGUGUAUGCGUGGAUGAUUGUUGCCAAGUGAACUUGGCAUUUCCAGUUGAUUCAACAAAGAAGAAAAGAUUAUUUGAAUUGGAAGAUUUA